AUGACCGCUACGAAUGAAACCUCAGACACUUCAAACCGCCCAUCGAAGUCGAAGUCAUCUCAAGAUGCUGGAGAAGGCGCAGCAUUGCGGAAACGCUCCAGGUCACGUGGCGCGAAAAGAACAUCGAGCGAUAUCGAGAAAUCUAUAGAGCUCGAGACUGCAGAGGACGAGGAUGCAGGGCUCCGAGAUGAAGGUGGUUACAAGGGUCGGCGGGCGUUCAGCGUGAGCGAGUUGCUCAUGCUGGCUUAUGAAUCUGUCGGCGUCAUCUAUGGAGAUAUCGGGACCUCGCCCCUUUAUGUAUUCUCGUCAACAUUCGUUAGGCCGCCUGAUCGUGCUGAUAUCCGCGGGGCACUUUCAUUAAUCAUCUGGUCUCUUACGGUCAUAGUGACCCUAAAGUAUGUCUUAAUCAUACUACGUGCCGAUAAUGACGGCGAGGGUGGCACCUUUAGCACGUACUCAUUGCUUUCCCGAUACGCAAACAUAUCGAAUAGCGAUCCUCGUGACGCGACACGGACGAGGAAGUCCAGAGUACUAUUUAGUCGAUCACAAAAGCAUGUUCGUUCGACUAUAGAGAAGACGACAUUCUUCCGCUACCUUUUACAGGCCAUAGGAGUCUUCGCUGUAUCCAUGGCCAUUGCGGAUGGGGUUUUGACGCCAGCACAGUCAGUCCUCGGAGCUGUACAGGGUUUGAACGAGAUCAACAAGGAUAUUCCCAAGUCGACCAUCAUUGGUGUGACUUGCACUAUCUUGGUCCUGCUGUUCUUGGCGCAGCCAUUUGGCAUCAACCGCUUCUCUGUCGCUUUCUCGCCAAUUGUCAUUGUUUGGCUAGCGCUGAACUCCGCUUUUGGCAUGUAUAAUCUUGCUCGACAUGAUCAUGGCAUGUUACAAGCUUUCAACCCUUACUACGCCUUCGACUACCUUGUUCGCAAUAAGUACAAAGGAUGGCGAAGUCUCGGGGGUAUCCUUCUAUGCUUCACCGGUGUCGAGGUGCUUUUCGCUGGCAUUGGCGCCUUCAGUCGUCAAGCUAUCCAAGUUAGCUGGAUUGGCUUCGUGUAUCCAAGCCUACUUUUGACGUAUAUUGGCCAAGCAGCUUUCAUCGCCGAGCGCCCUGAAGCCUAUGCUGAUCCGUUCUACAACUGCGCACCACCCGGAUGGCUCAUCCCAUCUUUCAUUAUUGCUGUCUGUGCAGCUGUAGUGGCUUCGCAGUGCAUCAUAACAGCCACCUUCCAUCUGCUGGCUCAGCUUAUGAAGCUAUCGUACUUCCCUCAAAUUCAGGUUAAGCAUACAUCGAAGAUCUACUACGGCAACUUUUACGUUCCCGUUGUGAACUGGUUGCUGAUGAUAGGUGCUGUUCUUGUCGCAGCGAUCUACAACAACACAGCAUCCCUCGGCGACGCUUACGGCGUCUGCGUCAUGUUUGUGACCUUUUUCGACACCAUCUUAGUCACUCUGAUCGCGAUACUGGUAUGGCGCAUCAAGCCGUACUAUAUCUUCCUCCCGUUGGUAGCCAUUGCCAGUCUAGAUGGUACAUACCUGAGCUCGGCACUGAUCAAGGUUCCGGAUGGCGGCUGGUUCACGAUUCUUUUGUCAUGUCUCUUGGCAUGUAUAUUCAUCCUCUGGCGGUUUGGAAAAGAACAACAGUGGAAGUCGGAGGCUGAAGAUCGCUUUCCCACCACGCACUUUGUAAAGACCAACGAAAGCGGAAAGCUAGAGCUUACAGAGCUCUUUGGAAGCAAACAGCUCAGCUCCAUGGGUGGACUUGGCAUAUUCUUUGACAAGGACGGAGAUACCACGCCGAUCGUCUUCAGUCAAUUCAUUCGCAAACUCAUCACUGCACCGGAAGUCAUGGUUUUCUUUCACUUGCGGCCGCUAGAAACCCCUACAGUCGCUUUGGAAGAUCGCUAUCACGUUACCCGCCUUGCGAUACCAAACUGCUACCGUCUUGUGGUGCAUCACGGAUACAAAGAUGAAGUUAUCACUCCUGAUUUGACCGCUUUAAUAUAUGAAAAGGUGAGAAACCACAUUGUCACUCGAGCGGCGGACAAAAAGCGCGAAAAUGCCACCAUGUUGGCUCCGAGGAGGAAAUUAAAUUCCGGGAUCUUGAAGAACUCGAACGCUUGGGGUGAAGCUUCUGCGCCACAAACAGAUGUUUCUGAGAAGGAAGACCAGUCAAUGUCUGUUGAAAGAGUACGAAAAAGAUCUCGUCAGAUAUCAUCAACCUCUUUCAUCACUAGUAGCACUACCGCGCGGUUGGAUGCAUUAGAUCGAGCGUUCAAGGAUGAAGUUCUGUACAUCAUGGGCAAAGAACAAAUGCGUGUCAAAGAAGGCACAAACAUCGCACGUUCUUUACUACUGAAGGCGUUCAUUUUACUGCGAGACAACACAAGGGCCAAGGUGCAGAGUUUGAGCAUACCUAUAGACAAGGUCAUCGAGGUUGGCUUUGUGAAGGAAGUGUAA